CUGAGCCACAGGCCUGUCCUUUGCUUCCGCGCGUCGGUCGGCCGGUCGGUCUCGCUCUCCUCAUCCGCGGCCGCCGCCGCCGCCAUGUGGGUGCCUUGGACGGGAUCCGCUCGCCUCCUCCUGCUCCUGGCCUCCAUGUGCAGGGGGCUUUCCUCGGGGUCCCAGGAGCUGCGCUACCCGCCUAAGCGAAUAGCUGUAAUUGGAGCUGGCAUUGGGGGCACAUCUGCAGCCUACUUUCUGCGCCAGAAGUUUGGAAAAGAUGUCCUGAUUGAUGUAUUUGAAAGAGGGGCUGUGGGUGGCCGUCUGGCUACUGUCAACCUGGAAGGAGAAGACUAUGAAGCAGGAGGAUCUGCCAUCCACCCUCUUAACCUGCACAUGAAGCAUUUUGUCGAAGAAUUAGGACUUCCUGCUCCUAAAAGGGAAGGUGGCCUCAUGGGCAUUUACAAUGGAGAUGAGCUAGUCUUUGAGGAGAGUGGCUGGUACAUCUGGAAUUUUGUCAAGCUCCUGUGGCACUAUGGACUGAAUCCCUUGCGAAUGAGCAUGUGGGUGGAGGAAAUUCUGGACAAGUUUAUGAGGAUCUAUCAGUAUCAGGCUCAUGACUAUGCCUUCAGCAGCAGCGAAGGUUUGCUUCAUGCCCUUGGAGGGGAUGAACUCCUUCAGAUGCUGAAUCAGACCAUUGAUGAAUCCAUGCAAAAGUCUGGCUUUUCUCAGAAGUUCAUCAAUGAGAUAGUAACUGGAGUCAUGAGAGAAGACUUUGGCCAAGGUACCAAUAUCAAUGGCUUUGUAGGUACCUUAUCUUUAGCAGGUGCUGAUAAUGGACUUUGGUCAGUAGGAGGUGGCAACAAACGGGUAUGCACUGGCCUUCUGUAUGCUUCUAAAGCACAGCUGAUUCCUGGCACAGUUAUUUCUAUAGAGGAGAAGAAAAGGCAAAAUGGGCGUUCAGGUGGUACUGUGAAGUUGUAUGAAGUGACCUACAAUUCUACAUCAGGAUUAGCGAGUGAUGCAUACAACAUCGUUCUGAUUGCAACCCCCUUGAACCGUAAGAUUGCCAACAUAACAUUCCUCAACUUCAAACCACCCAUUCCUGAAUUCUCCAAGCCCUAUCAAGAGACUGUAGCAACAUUUGUCCAUGGUCACAUCAAUGCCUCUUUCUUUGGCUACCAGGACCCUUCCUACUUCCAUUUAAAUCACAUCAUCACCAUCAAGAAUCCCAAGCUGUUUAUAAAUUCCAUGGUCACGGUGUAUCCAGUUAGGAACAGAAAAGAUGUCUUACUGGGCCCUCGAGUUUGGAAAAUUUUCUCACCCCAACCCCUCACCACAGAGCAAAUGAACUUUCUUUUCCUUUCCUACGAUACCACUACAGUAAAAACAUGGCUAGCCUACCCACACUACAGCCCCCCGGAGAAAUGCCCACCUAUCAUCCUUCACAGUAGAAUGUACUACCUCAACAGCAUAGAAUGGGCUGCAAGCGCCAUGGAAAUGAGUGCAAUUUCAGCUAAAAAUGCUGCUCUUCUGGCUUACCACCACUGGUAUGAAAAGAUGGACAUGAUUGAUCAGGAAGAUUUGCAUGAAAGACUCAAAACAGAGCUCUGAGUUGGAAUCCUCAUUGUUGGGGAAAACUGUCUUAAGACUGGUGGUGGCAUUACACUGAAACUUAUCUUUGAGGCUCUACAUUCCCGUUCCCUGGGGAAAAAUAACCACUCAGAAAGGAUAUUCCUGGAGGAUAUUCUUUGAUAGGUAAAAAUAUACAGUAAGUGGUGUUCCUUAGUUACCAAGUAUUCUUAAAACAGUCCAGUUUUAAGAACACUUGGUAACUGAGAAACACAACCUACUGUGUAUUUUUGCCUGUGCAAAGAGGUCAGACCUUCAGGAAUAUUUUUUCUGAACACAGAAGUCUGUCAUACUAGAAUGUAACCAAAGUGCUGCCUACCACCAUUGUUCUGCCUAAGGACCUAAGGCUUCAUAAGCCUAUUAGAGAACACUAAAUAUAAUUAUGCCUCACUGUGUCAUAGUUGCUUAACUUUAAUCUCAUUUAAUUGGGCUACAUGAAUAAGUGAAAUUAAGCACCUGUUUUAAACCUUAGCACAGCCUAUAGCUUGUAAGUCUAACCACUCCAAGCCAGAUCAUGGUCUACUGUAAGUAAGUUCUCCAAUAGCCUUCAAGGUGAAAGCCAUUGUGCUCUCCUCUGGUACAGUCUCUGCUAAAUUGCAUGGGGGGAUAAGGUGUGCAGGAAUAGUAUUUGGUAAAGUGUGUCUUAUAGUGUGGCAUCUAUUGAAAACAUGCUUAAAAUAAUGUUUAUGAGAGGUACUAAUAGACUGGACGUUAUCUAAUAAGAGAAAUGUAAGGCAAUUGUUCCAUGUGCCAUGCAUGUUAGCUUGGGUUUUUACCCUAAUUCUUGAGAGCCAUCAGAUGUGGGAGAAAAGCCAAAACCAACAGUAAGUUCCCACGGUAGUAGAAUUAGGGCCAAAUGCCCAAUACACACAGGCCAUAGCUGUACAAUUCAACAGAUUUUUGCCUUUUAGUUAUUAAUGUAUACAUAGCCCCUCAAGGUAAUAAGCUUAGGCUACAGGAAAUCUGGAGCAAUCUUGAAAAGUACAUAACUAGUCUCCUACUGAAGUUCCCUGAUGCUCUUGUUUUAGUAGCUGGCAAUUUUAAUCCCUCUGAUGAGUUGUUGUACUUAAGCAAUAAGUCAGCAUUUCUUGUGCCCCCUCAGACAAUCCAAGGAUGCUAAAUCAAAUUGGAAAGGGUUCCACUUAGCACAAUUAGCUAGCAGAUUAGAUUUGUUUAUUUUGAAUGGGUCAGUCAAGGGUGAUAUUCCUGGUGAGCAUACAUUCUGGUCAAGCCGAGGAGCCUGUGAGGGAACAGGGGUCACAGGAGGACAAAAAGCACCACCUGGAGGUUUCAGAAACAGCCUCUCCAUCAGGCCUUCCACUCAGCCCUACUGCUUCAGAGGGAAACGCAAGAGGGAUGGGAACUGGGGGCGGGGAGAUCUAGGAUUCAGACACCCCCCCUCCUGAGCCAGGACUCUGCCAUCUGGAUCACCCACGGCCAGUCACUCAGCCUAGCCUACCUCACAGAGUUGGUGGUUGUGGGGAUGGGGUGGUGGAGGAAAGAGCCGUGCCACCUUGACAUCCCUAGAGAUAGGAUAGAAGACAAAAUAAAGAUCAAGAGAUGGAUUGUAGCCAUGCUUGGCUGCUAAGGCUGGGCACAGGGGGCGGUGUGCUGAAGAACUGCCUUAUUUACUUGCAAGGAAGAUGACUUGUCUCCUAAAAGUGCCAUAUAUACAAAAAGUAACUAACUUGUAUGGAAAUGAAAGACAUCCGCCCUCUUUUAUGGUGUCCCUUGGAAAAAAUGUAGUCGCAUAUGAUUAAAUACAUUUUUUUGAAACCCCCAAGAGGGUAAUUUUAUUGG